CCUGAUAUGGGGGAUGUGUAUGACUAAUCUUGACUAGUCGUAGCAUGCUAGUAUCCUUCUCAAGUCCUUCAAGACAAUAGGAAAGCAUAAUGGAAGGAUUAUUUGAUCUAAGGAUUGUCCUGUUGGGUAAGACAGGAGCUGGGAAGAGCAGUACAGCCAACACCAUUCUGGGUGAGAAGCUGUUCAAGACCUCUUGCUCUGCCAACUCUAAUACAUUUAUCUGUGAGGCUGAAACAAUGACUGUUGAUGGGAGGAAAAUCACUGUUGUUGACACACCAGGGUUGUAUUGUACUAGCAGCUCAGAUGAAAAGCUGAAAGCUGAAGUAAUAAAGUGUAUGGUAGAGUGUUCCCCUGGACCUCACGCCUUUCUUAUAGUCCUGCCUGUGGGGAGGCAUUCAGAGCAGGAGGAGAAAGCAGUGGAAGAGCUUCUGAAAAUGUUUGGAGAGGAGGCUCUGAAGUAUGCUGUUGUCCUGUUUACCCAUGGAGACCAGCUUGAAGACGGCAAGACCAUCCAGCAGUUUGUGGGUGAAAAUGCCAACCUGACAAGGCUCAUCAAAUCGUGUGGAAACAGGGUUCAUGUCAUCGAUAACAAAUACUGGAAUAAUCCCACUGAUGGCCAUGAUGGUAAAGACAAUAACAACAGUGUUCAAAUCAAAAAGCUGCUGAACACGAUUGAUCGGAUGGUGAAACUGAAUGCAGGAGAGUACUAUACCAAUGAUUUACUCCAAGCUGUGGCAAAAGCUGUUGAAGAGGAAGUGGCAGCCAGAAAGGGAGAAACAAAGGCAGCAGCGAUAGAAAACGCGAAAAUGACCAUAAUUGAAAGGUUUUUAAAAAACGCAGUAGGCAUAACAACAGGGGCUCUGUGGGGUGCGUUUCUUGGUGGUUUUUAUGCAUUUAAAAUAAAAAAAAUCUUUAAUUUAGAUUCUGAUGUAGGUAUACCUAUUGGUAUGUUUACGGGCGCAGUAAUAGGGGGGGCACUAGGAGGAACAGAAGCAGAGAAAGCAGGGACUGUGAAAGAAGCUACAUCUAAAAGCAUAGAUGCAGUUGCAGAACUAACAGCUAAAGCGAACUCUGUUAUAACCCUAUGUGAGGAUGCAACAAAAUAAAAUCAUACAGAAGUUUUCAUUUUAAAUAGUCCAGUAUGGUUUGCAACAGACAAUGGCCAGGAUUCAAUCAACUUUUGUCCUUAACUAAUAUAACACACUUAAUAACACAAUAAUUUUUGCUUUUUUUACAGAUUAAACAGAUUUAAGUCAUCGAUAAUAGACCUGAUCCUAUCAGAAAAUGUCAAGUUUAGCCCUAGAAAUGGUAUGGUUAUGGUAUUUUUGCUUAUUAAAAAGUAUUUUCACUUCAAAAUCAAGUUCAGGGAUAUAACCUUACAUUCAAAUAAUAGGUUGAAUGGAGUAACCGCAGCAUACAGAAUUGACAAUAGGACAUGCCAUUGGUUUAUAAUAUUUAGAAAUAUGCUCGGAACUGAAAACGUAUAUAUUUUGCACCAUUCUUUGCAAACUCUAGAGACUAGCGUGCGUGAAAAUCCCAGGUGAUCAACAGUUUCUGAGAUACUCCUGACCCGUAUCUACAUGAUAUGCAUUACACUGCUACACAAUUAGCUGAGUGGAUAAUCGCAUGAAUAAGUAGGUGUAAUGAAGUAAAAAUGUUCCAAAUAAAGUGUGUAUCCCUAUAUGCAGUGACAUGAAUAACAUGAACACAGAAUGCUGGAUAAAAUGAACUUUGUUCAUCAAAUGCUUUCCCUGCUCACCAAUAUGCAAAUAUGAUAUACAGUCAUGCCUGUAUGCUUUUAUACAUUGAGUUUCUGUCAUGUGAUUGCCUGAUUAAGUACAGUAUCUGCCUUAACAACUUGGUGUACAGGUUUACAUAAUAAAGUGAUCACUGAGUGCAAUCUUAUUGUGAUACGAUUACCCAGAGAGAGGGAAAAAAGUAAAACAUUGAAAAAUUGAAUUUCAAUGAAAUCUGCAAUGAUCCCUUGUUACUUGUCACAAAGAGACUGUCUUAAUAAGCCCCUCCCUCUCCACUUCUGGAAAUAAUAAAUCCAUCCCUAUCCAAAUCAGUCAAUAGUGUUACAGUAUUGUGGUUCUAAAAUGAGUAAAAAUUUAAGAGAUGCAUGGGUUCCCUCACUAGAUUUCCAAUGUUUUUUUCUUGUCGGGUUGUAAAAAAGGUAUGUGUAAGGAAGUUAGCCUGUCCCUUGCUAUGAUCUUUCAAAUUCAGUAGGACUAAAAUGGUAUUUUAUGAAAUGGAUAUUAAUUGUUGAAUUGUAAAAAUAAUGGAAAAUUCCUGAAAUGACAUAAUUUACAAGAAUUUGCAUCAUAUCUCUCUCAGGUCAAGUCAGUGUGGUCAUUUUGAAUGUAGUAUUUUAUGUUUUAUAAUGCUUGAUCGAGGAGGACGAGCAUAAGACGUCAACCCUGUUACAAUAUUCUAAUGUAUAAAUCUGUACAAUUGUCUGUUUUUCAAUAUCUGUCAACAAUAUCCUUUUAAAUGCAUACCAUGUUUCCCUGUGACUUUCAUCAGUUAGCUGGCAAUGAGCAAAUGGUCAUCCAUUAAAUGGUCAACCAUGUUAACUUUUUGAGAGUAACAGGGUUGACAUGCAUAGAGGAUGCACUCUGGAUGUAUUUAAUAAAAUGCAAUUACAAUA